AUGGCAAAGAGGAAUGAAGGUAUUAUUUUUUUUCAUAGUGAUUAUUUAUCCUAGACCACGCUGGUCUCAUAUUUCAUAUGUAUAAACAGGGCCACAUAGAGAAAUUGGGGGGCCUGGGGCAAAUUUUUAAUUGGGGGGAUAAAAAAUUUUCCCGAACAUAUCCAAAAAUAUGUUCAAAAAAGUUUUUCCAGACAAACAACAGUAAAAUUAAGGUUCAAAAAAACUUUCUGAAAACUUUUACAUCUGUUUGGACCAAUAGCAGUAAAAUUAAGUUUUUAAAGAUUUCUCUCGUACCAUUACUUAUAUAAAUGACAAUGAUAUUGAAUACUUGAUCCUUGUUCAUUACUAUUUAAAUUUCUAGAACUACCAGAAAUUAGCUGCUAUGUCCAUUCGGUGUCCCCAUUGAAGAUAUCAAAUGGAACAUCGUAUAUCAACUGUGAUAUCCAGAGAGAGUCCUCAGUAGUCAGAGCUGUUUGCUUCGCCACUGAAAAACAUCGAAGUUUGGAAGCCAUGGCAGUGCAAAAAUCCCCAGUGAAGAUCCGAAACUAUUCAAUCAGCACGAAGUAUGGGCGAGAGGACAUAGUUAUCGGUAAGAAAACAAGCAUUGUCCCUGCUGAAGCAACAUUCGAUUAUCUAAGUAUGGACAAAAACAUUACCAUUGCAUCCUCAUCACAAGUUGCCGCUGACCAACUAGUAUGUGUCAAAGGAACUGUAAAGGACCUGAGUGCAGUGAAGAAUGUCGUAUUCAAUAAAAAUCCUGUGAAAAAACAACAAUGUUAUAUUGUUGAUCCCUCAGGAUUUAUAAAGCUCAUAAUUUGGGGAAGCCAUGUUGAUGCAGUUGAAGAGGGAGGGACUUACAACUUUGACAGAGUGAGAGUAAAAGUAACAAAAAAUGAGAAGUAUGUCAAUACCCCAAAAAGUGAAUGUGAAUGCAGCAUAACUUCAGCUGAUCCCUUCAGUGAAAGUUUGCCUGAAGUGGAAGCGAUUUCAGCAACAAAGGAGAUUACAGCCAACAUCCUUGGUGUAACAAGUGCUACAAAGAGUAUUUGUUGUCUUUCAUGUGGUAAAAAGGUGUCUAUAAAAGGCAAGUUGGCAUUUUGUGAAAACUGCAAAAUGUCCCAAAAGCCUGGGGCAUGCAAGAUGCAGUGGUACGUAAGAAUCUAUUUUGAAAAAGUUGGGGUACCUGAGCAGAGGCUUCGUUUAACAGCUUUCAACGAUGUCUCGAAUAAAUUAUUGGCAAUUUGUGAUCUUCCGCAAACAUCGUCAGAAGAAGAGCUAACUGAAGGCAUCUUGGAGUUGGAUUCCGUUUUUAUCUCCUACGACGAGCAAACAAACAAGUUGAUUGAUAUUGAUGUUGUAGACAUUUAG